GCCAACACUAAUCUCACUUCCCCCUUUCCCUUUACAAAAACAUAGUAGCGCGCACAAAAAAAAUCAGCCCCAUGACUCCUCUCCUUCUCUUACUUUUUUUCUCAUCUCUCACUGUUGGGUCCGCCUCCACUUCCGCUGGUGAAAACUUAUACACCCCGAAAGCCAAUCUGAUUCGGUAUUGGAACAAAGAGGUCAAAAACAACCACGCCAAACCAACCUUUCUCCUAUCCAAAGCGUCCCCAUUGAGCGCGGUCGACGCAGAAAGAUUCUCCAAACUUGCAGCCCAGAAUGCUCUUUCCUCUCAGUUCCCAGCCAUUUGCCCCACCGCCAACCUUUUGUGUUUCCCCGAUUCAUCACCGAUUGUUCAAGAACUCAUAUCCCAUCCCAACGUUGUCGCCUUCAAAAUAAUUUGGCGUCAGCAAGGUAUUUUCUUUCGGGAAUCGAUGUUAAAGAAAGGGAAGGUGAUGCCAAUGCCGGAUAUUAAGGACAAAAUGCCUGAAAGGUCGUUUUUGCCUCGUUCCAUUUCGUCAAAAAUACCAUUUUCGACCUCGAAGAUUUCUGAGUUGAAGAAGAUUUUUCACGCGGAAGAUAAUUCGACUAUGGAGACUAUGAUAGUGGAGGCGUUGAAUAAGUGCGAGAAGGCUCCGAGCCCAGGCGAGACCGAGCGGUGCGUGGGCUCAGCUGAGGAUAUGAUUGACUUUGCAAUCUCGAUCUUGGGUCGAAACAUUGCUGUUCGAUCAACUGAGAAUGUUAAAGGGUCAAAGCAGAAUAUAAUGAUCGGAUCAGUCAAAGGGAUCAACGGUGGCAAAGUCAUGCAAUUAGUUGCUUGUCAUCAAACCUUGUUCCCGUAUCUACUCUAUUCCUGCCAUUCGGUCCCAAAGGUUCGAGUCUACGAAGUGGAUAUACUGGAUCCGAAUUCGAAGGCUAAGAUCAAUCAUGGUGUUGCCAGCUGUCACAUGCACACGUCGAAUUCAAACCCGAAUCAUGCUGAAUUGACUAUAGCAUCAGGUCCCGGUCAGAUCAGGGCUUGCCACUGGGUUUUCGAGAAUCAUCUGAUCUGGACAGUUGCUAACUAGUCCUUACAGACCUUGGUGGGCAAGACAUCAAGUUGAUUAUGGGAGCAGAUCGCUAGAGCUUAAUUUGCAAGCUUUGAUCCAGCAUGUAUGAUGUAAAGCAAAUAAAUGUGCUAAUAAUUUAAUUAUGUGUGUUUUGAACCUGCCUUUCAUCUAUGUAUUUUGUGUAGAGCUUUGCAGACCUCAAUCCAACACAUAUAAUAUACAGCUGAUAAAUGUGUUGAUGGUUUAUGUGUAAUUUGGACUUGCCCUUCAUCCAAGUGGUUUGUGUAUUUACGGAAAGUCAGGUCUGGCUAUUCCUAGACUAGUGUAAUUAUGUAUACAGCUUGUAAUAUAUGGACUUUCACUAUUACUUUGUGUAUAUUUACUAGUAUAAGCUAGAAAUGAUCCAGGUACAUAU